CGAUGAUAGGCAUAAUUCAUUCAAUAAUUAAGAUGUGGUCCGCUAUAGUGGUGCUGUCGCUGGUUGGGUGUGCGGUGGCUGGUCCUCCUGUCACCAGGUCCAGGAAGGACAUUGAGGGGUUCAGGGCUUAUCUGGAGAGGAGCAGGACAGAUGAUGGACUUCGCCUUGAAUCCCGUAUGCUCCUCAACCCUAAAGCCUCCGCGUGGGAGAACAGCGGCAAGUUCCAGGGUGACAUCCUCCUCACUGAUAAGCAAGCUGAAGUUCUGAUCCAGCAGUAUGCUGGAGUUGGAGCCAGGAACGCCUUCAUGUGGCCUAACACCAAGUGGCCCCGCAAUACCGUUGUCUAUGAGAUCAACAAUGAGUUCACUCAAGCCCAAGUACAAGCCAUUCGCGCCUCGAUGGCAGAGAUCGAGGAGCAUACCUGCAUUCGAUUCCGACGCAAAACGCGUUUCGACCGCAACUACGUUCUAGUGACUGGCAGACCUGACGGCUGCUACGCCACCGCGGGUUACCAUGAGGACAUGGGCAUGCACACCAUGAACAUUGGCAAAGCCAACCCUGGCGAGGGCUGCUUCAUCAACGCCAUCAUCAUUCACGAGUGGCUCCAUAUCAUCGGCUUCUUACACUUGCAUUCUACCCACGAUAGGGACGACUACGUUCAUAUACUGUGGGAGAACAUGGUAGAAGGUGGUGAUUACAAUUACGAAAAGUUCGACACCGACAUGGUAAAUAACAUGGAAGUGCCCUAUGAGUACGCUAGCACCAUGCACUAUGAUAGAUACGGCUUCACCGCCAACGGAAGACCUACAAUGUUGCCUAUCUAUAAUGACGACGGCCUCAUGGGUCAGGUAGAUUACGUGACGGAGUGGGACUGGCUGAGAGUUAACAGGCACUACAACUGUCCCUGGGCCUGGGAAACUCCCGUAUAUGCUGAUGAACUCUCACAGGGAAGAGCAAAUCAUGCUGCACUCGAGAAAAUGUCACAAGGAGAUGUUGAUGAAGAUUUACCUCAAGAAGAAGUACUCGCUGCUGAUAUGCCUCAAGAUUUUGAAGCUGAAAAAGUAUCUGUAGUCGAGGAAGCGCCUCAGGACCAAUAAAAACAGGCUGUAGGAAUUGAUUCACUGACUAAAUUAUGAAGCAAAAUGUUGAAAAUAUAUUUAUACAAAAAUGGCA